UACCCCGCGGAGAAAUGAUAAUAUAGCUGGUUUAUGGCGUUGAAAUACCGCAAGCGAGUCGUAGACUAAAAUUAUUAUUAUCGGCGACUUCAUUGGGUACACCUGCAUCAAAAACGGCCUCUGACUUAGGACGGAACUGCUUCGAGGUUACGAACAGAUCACAAUGAUAUAUUACGUCGUGACUCGUCACGCCGCUCAAAAAGACAGUUAAGCUCAGUUACCGCCGUGCUUGUCUUUUAUUUGUUUGUAUUUAUGGCGGGGAGGUGUUCAACGAAUAGCAUUGACGUUUUGAAUUGAUCACAUAUGGUGCAGCAAUACAUGCAUCCUCCUCGGAAUACAACAUAUUUCUGCAGCUUCGUCAGUCUGUCUGUGUUAUACUGCCUCCUGGUGGCCAAGGCGUGAACACGAGCCCAAUGCGGUGGUGGGAGAGAUGCCUGCCAUGGCAUUUCCAUUUAGUUAAAUCGGUCUUGACCGAAUGGCCUCUCACUUCUUGCAGCACCUGGCUCCUCAGCGCAGCACCUCGCCUUCCAUCAUCAGCCAGCGUCAGCGGCAUCCAGCCUGCUGCGUGCGGACCGUCCUUGCUGGGACAAUGUCGGCAUCUUCCCUCCAUCCAGCCCGCUGAUGGGAUGAAAACAAAGUCUGCCCUGAGAAGACGCUGCAAAGACUGUUUCUUCGUGCGGCGAAGGGGCCGCUUGUUUGUCUUCUGCAAGACCAAUCCGAGACAUAAGCAGAGACAAGGCUGAAAUGUGUCACGGUAAACAGUUAUGAAAAGUGACAUUUUGCUACAACAAUAAAAUGUUUUGCUUGACUAA